AUGUUCGUCCGUGGGGCAGCACUCAUGCUGCUGCUCCUCUGCCUCGUCCAGCUGGCUCUCUGCGCCGAGGACUACUAUAACGUCCUCGGCAUCGGCAGGUCUGCCUCGGAUCGAGAGAUCAAGUCUGCCUACCGCAAACUGAGCAAGAAAUACCACCCCGAUAAGAAUCCUGGCGACGACACGGCAAAGGACAAGUUUGUCGAAGUCUCGGAAGCAUACGAAGCCCUCAUCGACCCCGAAACCCGCAAGAUCUACGACAAGCACGGCCACGAGGGCCUCAAGCAGCAACAGCAAGGCGGCGGCUUCCACCGCCACGACCCCUUCGACGUCUUCUCUCGUUUCUUCGGCGGCGGCGGCCACUUUGGCGGCCACGGUCAGCGCCGCGGACAGGACAUCAACGUGCGCGUCGGCAUCUCGCUCCGCGACUUCUACAACGGCGUCAACACCGAGUUCCAGUGGGACAAGCAGCACAUCUGCGAGGACUGCGGGGGUACAGGCUCCGCCGAUGGCACUGUCGACACGUGCGGCGUCUGCCAGGGCCGCGGCAUGCGCAUCGUCAAACACCAGCUCGCGCCCGGUAUGUUCCAGCAGGUCCAGAUGCAGUGCGACGCCUGCGGCGGCCGCGGCAAGAGCAUCAAGCACAAGUGCCGCACCUGCGGCGGCGAGCGCGUCGUGCGCAAGCCCACGGCGGUGCAGCUCACCGUUACGCGGGGCGCCGCGCGCGACAGCCAGAUCGUCUACGAGAACGAGGCCGACGCGAGCCCGGAUUACGUCGCUGGCAACCUGGUCGUGACGCUCGCCGAGAAGGAGCCCGAGCUCGAACAGGACAACCCGGAUCGCGUCGACGGCAUUUUCUUCCAGCGCAAGGACAACGACCUGUUUUGGACCGAGGUGCUCUCUCUGCGCGAGGCCUGGAUGGGAGACUGGACGCGGAACCUGACACACCUGGAUGGCCACAUCGUUCGUCUCGGCCGUGACCGUGGCCAGGUCGUGCAGUCGGGCCACGUGGAGACGGUCAAGGGCGAGGGCAUGCCAGUGUACCACGACGACGGUGACAGCGUGUACCACCAGACCGAGUUUGGCAACCUGUACGUCAAGUACGUCGUCGUGCUGCCGGAUCAGAUGGAGUCGGGCAUGGAGAAGGAGUUCUGGGCUCUCUUUGAGAAGUGGCGCCGCAAGAUCGGCGUCGACCUGCACAAGGACACCGGGCGGCCCGAGAAGCCUGUGGUGCACGACGAAUUAUGA